GCGGCCGUCGCUCUGAGCAUCAGAGCGCUGAUCCUCCUCCUCCUGAUCCCUAUGUGAGUGUGUGCGUGUUGGGGAGGCGUGCAGCAUGUUGACACAGAUCCACUGAACCGCUGUUUUAUUUUCUGCCCAACUCCCAGCAGGGUGUAAAGCUGCCAGCCACAGAGACCCACCAUGGGUUAGUCAGAAAGCCACCUAUGGAUUAUCCACUUUACGCACUUCAGCCAAGAUGAGGAUGAAGGGGGACAGAAUGGACUUGUUUUCGCAGAUACAGCCUGACAAAGACGGGGACUGAGAGUGAUCCUCAGCUCCAUCCCGACUCUCUGGAAAUUUUUCUUUUAAUUUUUUUAAUUUUUGAUUAUUUAUCUAAUUCACUGAAGUCUGCGUGAAGCAGAGAUGUUUGCUGAAUUGCUGUGCGGCGCCGUGGCUCUGGUCCUGUAUGUCAACACUCUGGGAGCCGAUUUCUGCUACGAUGACAGCCGCGCCAUCAAGACCAAUCAAGACCUACUUCCAGAGACAUCCUGGAUAAACAUCUUUUACGAUGACUUCUGGGGUACCUUACUCACACACAGUGGUAGCCAUAAGUCCUACAGACCCCUCUGCACCCUCUCCUUCCGCCUCAACUAUGCUGUGGGUGGGCUGGACCCUUGGGGUUACCACUUAGUCAACGUCGCCCUCCAUGGAGUUGUUUCCAUCCUGUUUACCUCACUGGCUCGACUGCUGCUUGGAGGAGGACUGUGGAGCCUACUGGCUGGUCUGCUGUUCGCUUCUCAUCCUAUUCACACCGAAGCGGUGGCAGGUGUAGUCGGACGAGCCGACGAAGGGGCCGCCCUUUUCUUCCUGCUGUCCUUGUUGUGUUAUAUACAUCACUGUCGGCUGCGGGGCCACGCUGGCUCGUUGCGGCUUGCUGCAUGGCUCCUGAGCAGCUUGGCCUGCGCUGCUUGCAGCAUGCUGUGGAAGGAGCUGGGAGUGACCGUUUUGGCUGUGUCAGCAAUGUACGACGUCUGUGUUUUCCAUAGACUCAAACUACGACAUAUCAUCAUGGUGCUUUACAAG